GAUGGCGGCGGUCACAGACUCGCCGGCCGCGGGGCGACUGCCGGCGCCAGCGCCGGAAGUGGGCGAAGACCAGGCGAUGGAGCAGCUGGAACGGGUGAAGGAUCAGCUGCCCAUCGACCUGGCCGAGGCCAGGAAGUGGCCGCACAUGGAUCACGUCGAGCCGGAGAAGCUGCUGUGGAUGACGCAACUGCCGGCGCCGAAGGUGGAGCACGGCCAGACCGGCUUUGUCGCCCGCUUCGACUUCGAAGGCGCACUGCUGCCGUUCGCCGCCGCGCCGCCGGCACACAGCGCGCUCUACCACCACGGCCAGGAGCCGGGCCGCGCCGGCUACACGGUGGACGAGCUGUUCCGGCUGAUACGCUCGGCCGCGCAGCAGCAGCGUGCUCGGCCUCCAGACGCUGGCCAACGUACUGCGCAAGUGUGUCUGGACCGCGUGCUCGGCUGGAGUCGGGGUCUGGAGCAGCCGUCGCUGCCCACCUCGGUGGACACGGAGCCGGACACGGACCGGCAGUACCAGGCAGAGGAGCCCGGCCUCAAGGACGGCGACGUCACCCGGCUGGACGCCGUGCGCGGUCUGGUCCGCAUCGAUACGCUGCCGAGGCUGAGGUACAUACUGGAGGUGCUGCGGCCGUCUCCACCGGCUGUGAUCUCUGCCGUGCGCUUGCUGACCCGCUGCUGCCGACACUCGCUGCAACUGGCGUCCGAGGUGGCCGCCUGCCCGCGCCUGCUCCACACGCUGGUCACCGCCUUCCUGCCCGUCUGCGGCGCGGCACCGCUAGAGGGCUGCGAGAACGUGGCCCAGCUCAGCUCCGUGUAUGGGGUGCCGCUGCACCACGUGGUCAGGCUGCUGCGUGUGCUGGCCGUGCAGAGCGCGCAGCUGGCCGGCCGGCUGGUGCGCCAGCACCCCGUCCUGCCGGCCCUGCUCAGCUACGUGGCCAUCAACCCCAGUGAGAGCGGGAUGCCGACUCAGGAGGUGCUUACCCUGGCCGUGGAGGCGUACCGGCUCUGGACCGUGCUGCUCAGCUACGGACUCGGUGACUCUCACUUCAUCGAGUUCUUCCCGCUGCUGGUGCGGCAGCUGCACUUCUACCUGGCCGCCGUGUCCGUCAACGAGGCGGCGGAGACCAACCGACACAACCACGACCUGGCCACCUGCCUUCUGGCGCUGUGCCGCGCCGCCGUCUGCGCCGCCUGGAGCAACCACCAGACCGAGCUGCUCAACCGCGCCGGGGCCGACAUGACGGCGCCUGGGCGCUGCGCUGGGGUCACGUGGCCGGCCUGCUGGAGCCGGUAGAGCAGUGCACCAGGAAGUGGCUGCGGGAGGCGACGCGGGCCGACCAGCUGACGGACAACGUGCUGCAGCUGCUGGGCGGCUGCUUCCAGUUCCUGACGGCGUUUCACGAGCGCUGGGCACGCCUGGGUCUGGACGACACCGUCCCCCGGCUGCGCAGCAUCCAGCGCCUCUGCGACGACACUGUCGUUCCAUUUGUGACAGCGGACGCGUGCCGGCAACAGCUUGCGAAACUUAGGGAGUUCUCGAGCCUGCUGAGCGGGCUGGAGUCGGGCCGCGGCCGCGACCCGGCCAGCCUGCCGUCAGCGGCAGCUGUCGG